AUGAUUAAAAAUAAUCUUAAAUUUAACAUUCUCAAUAUUCCAACAAUUGAAGAGGAUUUAGAGGCAGUAAUUUUAGAAAUAGUAAAUGUUACACCUAUUAUAACAGUAAUAGCUUGUUAUAACCCACCGUCUAAAACACUUGACUUUCACAAAUGGAACAGCGCACUAGGAAAUCUACUCAAUAAGGAUAAUUUAAUUAUCUUAAGUGACUUUAACGCGAAACACACUGCAUGGAACUGCAAUAAAACAAACGCAUCAGGUAAUAUCUUACACAAACUUAUAGGAACCAAUGAUCUUACCCUUCACAAUGCAGAUGGAAUAUCAAGAAUAGGUCAACAUAACCAAAUGGAUAGCAAUAUUGAUUUGAUUAUAUCCUCCACAUAUCUCUCACAUCUUAUCACUGUCAGGCAACAUGAAGAUCCUCUGUCUUCUGAUCACUUGCCAUUAGAAGUAAUCAUUUCACUGGAAAAACUAACUUAUUUUCACAAAACAAAUAGAAUUUCCACAGUAAGAACGGAUUGGACUAAAUACCACACUCUGCUAGACUCUCAAUGGAAUUUUUUUCUAUCACCAGAAUUCUCCAACUUGCAACUUGAGGACAGAUAUGAAACCUUUGUAACCCAAAUGAAACAGGCCAUCUAUGAAUCCACUCCAUCUAAAAAAACAAACAAUAGUAAAUACCCCCAACCAUCACCUUGGUGGGAUGCUCACUGUGCCAAAGCAGUCAGGUUGAGGAAGGUGGCCUUUAAAAAAUGGAGGCACACUUUGAACUUUACUGAUUGGGCAGCUUAUAAAAAACAAACAGCAGUCACUAAAAAACUAUCAAAAAAGAAAAAAGUUGCCCCAUUCCGCUCCUUCGUAGAAAGCCUCAAUGAGCACACAAGUAUCUCUUACUUUUGGAAAAAGGUAAAGAAUUUUAAAAACAAAUGGACAUCAGAACCGCCUAAAAUAGUAAACACUGCAGAGCAACAAAACGCGAUAAAAGAUGCCAUAGGUAAAAUUAGUCCUCCAUGGGUCGCUGAAAAAGAUUAUCAGAUCACAACAACUGUACAGGAUGAUUUUCUAGACUCUCCUUUCAAUCUGCUUGAGUUGAAUUAUGUCAUAGAUACUACUAGAAAUAAGUCAGCUCCAGGACCAGACAACAUCGAGUAUAACAUGCUUAAAUUUCUACCGGUCAACUGCACACUCAUCUUGCUAGACAUAUUCAACGAAUUUUAUGAAACCGAACAUAUACCUAACAGCUGA